AUGUCUGUACCAACAUUAUCAAACAAACCUGAAACUGUCGAUUUGCUAGUAUUAGCCCCAGGAGAAAAAAAAGUAACAUGUACAAUAUCAGAUAAAGGAGAUUGUAACAUCUUUGUGAUAAAAUUGGAAGAUCACACUAUAGGGAAUUUAAUCAAAAUACAACUGUGUCAAGACCCUAAGGUUCUUUUUGCUGCUUAUAGACAACCACACCCUCUUCAAAAUGCCAUAGAAAUUACAAUUAAACCUAAGGGUUAUGCAGGUGUGAAAUUACUGUCAGAUAAUGUAAAUAAUAUAUUAUCACAAGUUGCCACACUAAAAGAAAAUUUUGCGAAAAAAAUUCAAAAAUAUAAGGAAAGCAAUUCUUACUAUGAAGAUUACUGA